AUGAGCCGUCAAAUCACAUUGAAUGAAGUAGCUGAACAUUCAACUGAAGCUUCGAUAUGGGUAAUCAUUGAGGGAAAAGUUUAUGAUUUAACCCUUUUUCUCGAUGAACAUCCUGGAGGACGAGAUGUACUUCUAGAACAAGCAGGAAAAGAUGCAACAGAAGCUUUCAAAGAUGUCGGUCAUUCAGGAGAUGCCAAAGAAAUGAUGAAUGAUUACUAUGUAAAUAUAUUUUUUGCACGAUUUGCCUCAAAAAUGACAAACACUGACUCAAUUUCUCCAAUCUCUUCAUCGACCACACAAUUCCCGUCAAAUGGCACAGCUGAGGAGAAAAUGAAUAACAAUUCUUCUCUUGCCGAUUACUUGGUGACUCGAACGGAGAAAAAGGGACAAAAAAAGAGAAAACCGGCGAAAUUGACACAAUUAUUGGAUGAUGAUUGGGUGGUGGUAACUGAUGAAUUG